AUGUCGCAGUUCCGCACGCAGCUCCUCCCCAAGCUGUGGCAACGCUACAACACCAUCAGCCUCACCCUCAACACCAUCACCAGAUCCUCAAACUCCAAUUCAAACUCCAGUAACAACACAAACACAAGCACAAACAAACGCAUCUCGCUCUUCGUCUUCGUCUUUGCCGCCGCAGCAACGGCAACCACCGCCACAGCCAUGACGCGCAAAUCAACAUCCACAAUCUCUUCCCACCCAUCCUCUUCUCACCAACACUCAUCAUCAUCAACGUCUGUCGUCAAAAUCGCCGGCCGCAACAACAUCCCCGCCGAAGCCCUCUCCAACCCUCACCACAUCCUCAAGCGCGGCGGCUCCAUCUCCGGCUUCAAAAACCCGUACCCGUCGUGGUCCAACCCGCCCAGCGUCACAAACAUGUGGCAGACCGUCUUCUGGCCCACCAUCACCGGCGACCUCAAAUGGCCCGACACGAAACCUCCCACCGUGCCCGUUGUCCCGCCUCAAUGGCUUCCCGCUCGUGACGCCUCCGACAAGCUGCGCGCGACAUGGCUGGGCCAUGCGUGCUACUACGUCGAGUUCCCCUCUGGCCUGCGUGUUCUCUUCGACCCCGUGUUUGAGGAUCGCUGCUCGCCCUUCACCUUCAUGGGGCCGAAGCGCUUCACCCCGAAGCCCUGCGACCUCGAGGACAUCCCCGUCGUCGACGCCGUCGUCAUCAGCCACAGCCACUACGACCACCUGUCGCACUCGUCCGUCCUCGAGAUCCAGAAACACCACCCCGACGUGCACUUCUUCGUCGGGCUCGGCCUCGAAUCCUGGUUCCGCCGCAGCGGCCUCACCAACGUCACCGAGCUCGACUGGUGGGAAGACGCCACUCUCACCGUCACAACCCCCAUCGACGGCGGCCAGAAAAAGUCCAUCUCGGCGCAAAUCUCGUGCCUCCCCUGUCAACACACAUCCGCCCGCACCGCCUUCGACAAGGACACGACGCUCUGGUGCUCCUGGGGCGUCAAAUCCGGCGACAAGAACGUCUGGUUCGGCGGCGACACGGGCUACCGCGCCGUCCCGCAUCUCCCCGCCAGCGUCGACGACUACGGCCCCGAGUACGAGUCGCUGCCGCGGUGUCCGCAGUUCAAGCAGAUUGGCGAGCACCGCGGGCCGUUUGACCUGGGCCUGAUCCCCAUCGGCGCCUAUUACCCCCGCGCUGCGUUUUCCGCCAUGCACGCGAAUCCGUUUGACUCGGUCGAGAUCUUCCAGGACACCAAGUGCGAAAAGGCCAUGGGGAUUCACUGGGGCACGUGGGCGUUGACGAUGGAGGAGGUGCUGGAGCCUCCGAGGCAGCUCAAGGAGGCGAUGAAGCGAAAGGGCAUUGCGGAGGAGGGCGUGUUUGACGUUUGCGAUAUCGGCCAGAGCAGGGAGUUUUGA